ACGACGCAGCGAGCGAGCGGAGCGGAGAGACGCGCGGGGAGACCAGACGCCAAGCACCACCCGGUCGCUCGGCUUCCUUGUUUAAAACAAACAAACAAACAAAAACAACAACACCAACAAAAAAAAAAACCUUAUUCAACCGCCGCUUCCAAACGGCCGUCUCUCCAACGGGCGGCAGCUGCUCGAUAGGCGGACCCGCGUUUCCAGAGGGGGGGACGACGUAUAUUUUCGGAGCCCAGCGGUUUGCUGACUGGCUGACGCCUCACCAAGCCGGAGACAUCUGCCGCGAGGACAUGGCUACCACAACCUGCACGCGGUUCACGGACGAGUAUCAGCUGUACGAGGAGCUGGGGAAGGGAGCCUUUUCAGUGGUGCGCAGAUGUGUCAAGCUGUGCACAGGACAGGAGUAUGCUGCCAAAAUAAUCAACACCAAAAAGUUAUCUGCAAGAGAUCACCAGAAACUGGAGCGAGAGGCCAGGAUCUGUCGCCUGCUGAAGCACUCCAACAUUGUUCGUCUCCAUGACAGUAUAUCAGAGGAAGGAUUCCACUACCUCCUGUUUGACUUGGUGACUGGAGGGGAGCUGUUUGAGGACAUCGUAGCCAGAGAGUAUUACAGCGAGGCUGAUGCCAGUCAUUGCAUCCAGCAGAUCCUGGAGGCGGUGCUUCACUGCCAUCAAAUGGGCGUGGUGCACCGGGACUUGAAGCCAGAGAACCUGCUCCUGGCUAGCAAAUGCAAGAACGCGGCAGUGAAGCUGGCUGACUUCGGCCUGGCCAUCGAGGUGCAGGGUGAUCAGCAAGCCUGGUUUGGGUUUGCGGGGACACCGGGGUACCUGUCCCCCGAGGUUCUGAGGAAGGAGGCGUAUGGCAAACCUGUGGACAUCUGGGCUUGCGGGGUGAUUCUGUACAUCCUGUUGGUGGGCUACCCUCCUUUCUGGGAUGAGGACCAGCACAAGCUGUACCAGCAGAUCAAAGCUGGAGCCUAUGAUUUUCCGUCCCCAGAGUGGGAUACAGUGACUCCAGAGGCCAAGAACCUCAUCAACCAGAUGCUUACCAUCAACCCAGCCAAGAGGAUCACUGCCCAGGAGGCCCUCAAACACCCAUGGGUCUGCCAACGUUCCACAGUGGCAUCCAUGAUGCACAGACAGGAGACUGUGGAGUGUCUGAAGAAGUUCAACGCCAGGAGAAAACUCAAGGGGGCCAUUCUCACUACCAUGCUGGUGUCUCGGAACUUCUCUGCAGCCAAGAGCUUGCUCAACAAGAAAGCAGACGUUAAGCCCCAGACAAACAGCACCAAAAACAGCAUAGUCACCAGCCCCAAAGGAAACAUCCCUUCACCUGCUCUGGAGCCUCAGACUACUGUCAUCCAUAACCCAGUGGACGGGACGAAGGAAUCGUCUGACAGCAGCAACACCACAGUGGAGGACGAGGAUGUAAAAGCACGCAAACAGGAAAUCAUCAAGAUCACUGAGCAGCUGAUAGAGGCAGUCAACAACGGCGACUUCGAGGCGUACGCUAAGAUCUGUGACCCGGGACUGACCUCGUUUGAGCCUGAGGCCUUGGGGAACUUGGUAGAGGGCAUGGAUUUCCACCGGUUCUACUUUGAAAACCUUCUGGCUAAGAACAGCAAGCCCAUCCACACCACCAUCCUGAACCCUCACGUCCACCUGAUCGGGGAGGAUGCAGCCUGCAUCGCCUACAUCCGCCUCACCCAGUUUGUGGACGGCCAGGGACGGCCGCGCUCCAGCCAGUCGGAGGAGACCCGCGUGUGGCACCGCAGAGACAGCAAGUGGCAGAACGUCCACUUCCACUGCUCGGGUGCACCAGCUGCGCCGCUCCAGUGAGGGGAAGAACGCCACAGAUAUGUCUGAUAAGAGUGCUCUGCUGGAGAGAGAAAGGGAGAGAGAGGAGGAAGAGCAUGGGAUGGGAUGGAGGAACAUGUCCAGUGUCCUGUAGGGUGGGCAGGGCUCUGGGUUUUCAGCAUCGCUGGGCACCCGGCCUCAGCCCCCAGCAUGCAUCUCUUCUUUCUACUAUCACCGCCCCCUGUCUGUCGCCUGCACCACUGCACCCUCGGACGCUCGUCCAACAGCAAUCCAGUGUCGCCGACAACUGUCCCUGGACUCCCCCCACCUCUCGUCUCACCUCCCCUCCUCUGGCCCACCUAGGGGGCGGAUUGCUGGGAUGGGAAGUAGGGAGGUGUUCAGCGAUUUAAAAACUGUUUGUUUCUUCUUCCUGUGGUCUCUCCCCUCCUCCGCUACGGCUUUGUGAAACAACC